UAACAAGAGUGAGCGUGUGAGAGAUGUCUUCAGAUUAUUACUAGAUUUGAUUAUCAAGAAUCACCACAAAAACCCAAACCCUCUCUCCACCGUCGUCACCACCACCGCCGUCGCCGAUCCACCAACCACACACCGUCACUCCGUCGUAGCGACCAAUUCGUUUAUUCUCCAAUACACGACCACUUUCGUGCCCUAAACCCCCUGAUAAAACCUCAUCGCCGCCACCGUUCACGGCGAUGAAGGACGCACCGCGCCCGCCGUCGUACGGCUCCGUCUACGUGCCGCCGCAUCAACGCCUUCGCUCCGUCGUGACAUCACCUGCCUCUGCUCCCGAUAUCUCUACCUCUCCUGCUGUUGUUGACAAUAACAAUUACAAUUACAAUAAUAAUAACAAUAGCAAUUAUUUUGUUAAUGCAUCUUAUAGUGGUAAUAAUGUUAGGUUUCCGAGCCCUUAUAAUCCGUACUUGCCUCCUCAACAACAGCCUCAACAGAUGAUACCACAAGUCGGAGCCUCGUAUGGCCGGUUCGAGCCCUCGGUUCACCCUGGUGCUUCCACAUCAGAUAUAGAUUCUUGGAAGUGGAAGCUAACGACACUACUGCAGAGCAGAGAUAAACAAGAGCUGAUUUCAAGGGAAAAAAAGGACAGACGUGAUUAUGAACAGAUAGCAGCCUUAGCGACUAGCAUGGGUUUGCACAGCCAUCUGUAUGCCAAAGUGCUUGUCGUUAGCAAGGUUCCAUUGCCUAACUACCGUUUUGAUCUGGAUGAUAAACGCCCACAGAGGGAGGUGUCUUUGCCUCCAGAGUUGCAAAAGAGAGUUGAUGCUCAUCUGGAAGAAUAUCUCUCUCAUAAGGCUAAGAGUAACAAUGGUUCUCGAGAUAGUUUAUAUUCAACGACAAGUAGCAAUGGUAAUGAUGAAGGAUUAUUUGAGCAACCUGAUCUGGGCCCACAGAUCCAGGUGGCAAUACAACAAGUCUAUCGGAUAAGAAGUGUGCAACUGCAAGCUGACCAACAAGCAUGGCAGGACUCUUCCGAUGGCUGGAGGAUGGGAGAGUUUCGUAAAAGCCUACCAGCUUAUAAAGAAAAAGAUACAAUAUUGAAUGCCAUUUCACAGAAUCAGGUUGUUAUCAUCUCAGGUGAAACUGGUUGUGGGAAAACAACACAGAUUCCCCAAUAUAUUUUAGAGCAGGAGACCGAUUCCCUUCGUGGGGCCACAUGUAGUAUCAUAUGCACUCAGCCUCGACGUAUCUCCGCUAUGUCUGUUUCUGAAAGAAUCGCCACUGAGAGAGGGGAGAAAUUGGGUGACACUGUUGGAUAUAAAGUUAGGUUAGAGAGUAUAAAAGGAAGAGACACCCGACUGCUAUUCUGCACCACUGGAUAUUUGUUGAGAAGAUUACUGAUUGAUAGUAAUUUAAAGGGUGUUACUCAUGUUAUUGUAGAUGAGAUUCACGAGCGUGGAAUGAAUGAAGAUUUUCUGCUUAUUGUUUUGAAAGAACUACUUCCUCGUCGCCCUGACCUCAGGGUUGUUUUGAUGAGUGCAACCCUUGAUGCAGAUCUCUUUUCAUCUUACUUUGGUGGUUCUCCGUCGGUCAAGAUUCCGGGUUUUACGCACCCUGUGCAUAGUUAUUUUCUUGAAGAUGUUUUGGAAAAAACUGGAUAUAGAUUGACUGCAGAAAAUCAAAUCGAUGAUUACGGUCAGGAAAGACCAUGGAAAUCAAAUAAACAAUUUAUUAAAAAGAGAAAAAGCCAAAUUGCCUCUGCUGUUGAGGGGGCGCUUUUAUCUGCCGACUUCAGGAACUAUAGCCAACAGACACGUGAAUCUAUGUCUUGUUGGAAUCCCGAUUGCAUGGGUUUCAACCUCAUAGAAUUCUUGUUAGUCACGAUAUGUGAAAAUGAAAAACCGGGUGCUGUUUUAGUCUUUCUGACCGGGUGGGAUGACAUAAGUUCUCUUAAGGAAAAACUACAAGCACACUAUCUCCUUGGAGAUUCGGCUCGUGUUUUAUUGCUUGCGUGUCAUGGUUCUAUGGCUAGCUCAGAGCAGAAAUUAAUAUUUGAAAAGCCAGAAGGUGGGGUGAGGAAGAUAGUUUUGGCUACAAAUAUGGCGGAAACCAGUAUCACAAUCGAUGAUGUGGUUUUUGUUAUCGAUUGUGGAAAAGCUAAAGAGACAUCAUACGAUGCUUUAAACAAUACUCCCUGUUUACUUCCUUCUUGGAUAUCCAAAGUUUCUGCUAAACAAAGGCGAGGACGGGCGGGUCGUGUUCAACCCGGAGAGUGUUACCAUCUAUAUCCUCGAUGCGUCUAUAACGCUUUCGCAGAGUAUCAGUUGCCCGAAAUACUAAGGACACCCUUGCAGUCGCUAUGUCUUCAAAUCAAAAGUUUAAAGCUUGGAAGUAUAUCCGAAUUCUUAUCUAAGGCUCUACAGUCACCCAAGUUAUUAGCGGUUCAAAACGCUAUCGAGUAUCUCAAGGUUAUCGGUGCUUUAGACGAGAGUGAAAAUCUAACUGUAUUGGGCCGUUAUUUGUCAAUGCUUCCUGUGGAGCCCAAGCUCGGAAAGAUGCUUAUACUCGGUGCGGUUUUUAACUGCCUUGACCCUAUAUUAACGGUUGUUGCCGGUCUUACUGUCAGAGAUCCUUUUCUGGCACCUUUAGACAAGAAGGAUUUGGCAGAGGCAGCCAAAGCACAAUUUUCCCGUAAUCAUAGCGACCAUAUUGCCCUUGUGAGGGCGUAUGAGGGUUGGAAAGUAGCUGAAUAUGAGCUCACCGGACAUGAAUACUGUUGGAAAAAUUUUCUUUCUGCACAGUCUAUGAAAGCCAUUUGUUCCCUACGUCAGGAAUUUCAAUCGUUGCUUAAUGAUACCGGUCUUAUCGACUGCAAUAUAACUAUUUACAACACGUGGAGUUACGAUGAAAAUCUCCUCCGCGCAAUUAUCUGCUACGGCCUGUAUCCUGGCAUUUGCUCUGUCGUGCAUAAUGAAAAAUCGUUUUCACUCAAAACAAUGGAGGAUGGUCAAGUGCAUCUACACUCUAACUCGGUUAAUGCACGCGAUUCUAAAAUUCCCUACCCAUGGCUGGUCUUCAAUGAAAAGAUUAAAGUGAACUCCAUUUUUCUUAAAGAUUCAACAGCCAUAUCGGAUUCAGUGCUACUCCUAUUUGGUGGGACCCUUUCAAAAGGCGAUAUUGACGGGCACUUGAAAAUGAUGGGAGGAUACUUGGAGUUCUUUAUGGACCCGGGGUUAGCCAAAAUGUAUCAAAGUUUAAGACGGGAGCUUGACGAGCUAAUUCAGUGUAAAUUAACGAAUCCCCGAAUGGACAUACAUACACACCACGAGCUUUUAUCCGCCAUACGGUUGCUUCUACCUGAAGAUAAAUGUAACGGCAAAUUCGUAUUCAACCGUCAGGUGUUGUACAAAGACUCAAAACCUUAUAUCGCGUCCGUACCAGCGCCAGCACCACCAGCUUCGAGAUUAGAAAGUGGACCAGGCGGUGACAAUCCCAAAGGUCAACUACAAACAUUACUUACGAGAGCCGGGUGCCCUGCCCCAACCUACCGAACCUCCCAACUGCCGGACAACCAGUUUCGGUCCAUUUGUGAAUUCAAUGGGAUGCAGAUUAUGGGGCACCCUUGCCACAACAAGAAACAGGCAGAAAAAGACGCUGCAGCCGAGGCUUUAGAACGGCUCACGGGUGGCAACAAUGGUAAUACUUCAGUGAUGCUAAAGAAAAGCAAGAAAAGUCACAACUAAGGUUGGUGAAAAUUUUGACCAUGAUUUAAUAUCAUUGACCGAUGGAUGGUUGUGAUCGCGUAUUUUGACCAUUUUGACGCAGCCGAUGGUGCACGAAGCAGGGCCGGUCAAUGUUAGUUGUAUAUAAUGUAACUUUUUCAUAAUUGUUUGCUUCAAUGGUAUGACUAACAAACUGUAGGAUUGUAUUGAAGCCAUUCACUAAACAUGGACAGGAAUCAUAAUCCUAUUUUUGUUUUGGCAUCUUUUUAUUUUGUUAAUGGAAGGCCCAUGUGAAUUU